AUGAAUUAUCCACAAUUUCAUCAGAAUAGAUUUGGAAACCGUUCUCAUUUAUAUCAUAGAGAAAUUAUGGAAGUUUCAUAUGGACCUUCGCAGCAUGUUAUGAACAAUCGAAUGAUUCCUCGUGCCAUUUAUCCGACACCUAAUGCUCUUUAUCAUGCUUAUGGUAGAAAUCAACCUAUAAGAAGAAUCCAACCGACAUAUGUUUAUGUCCAAGACAACUACUUUAGUCAUUACAGAAAUAACAUCAACCAUACUCUACUAAGAGACAUAGUGUCUACCCCAGGAUGGUUUGAUACAUAUCCCGAGAGAAAUCAAUCAAGACAGAGUAUUCAAACUGUAUUACCACCUUAUGUCCAAGACAAUCACUUUAUUCACCACGAAAACAACAUCAACCACAUUCUAGUAAGAAGAGAAAUGAUACCUACAUAUAGAUGGUCUAACACAUAUAUAGAGAGAAAUCAACCUAGGUUGAGUACUCGAGAUGUCUUUUCACAUGAUGUUUAUGUCCAAGAUGGCCAUUAUGUUCUUCAUGAAAACAACAUCAACCAAGCUCCAAUAAGAAGAUACAUUGUACCUACCCAUGGAUGGUCGAACAUAAAUUUUGAAAGAAAUCAACCUAGAUUGAGUACUCGAAAUUUAUAUCCAGUUGAUGCUUAUGUUCAAAAUAAUCAUUCUAUUUCUCACGAAAACAACAUCAACCAUGUUCCAGUAAGAAGAGAUAUAAUGUCUACCCAAAGAUGGUUUGAUUUCAAUCCUGAGAGAAGUCAAUCUAGGUGGAGUAUCCGAAAUGUCUUACCAACUUAUGCUAAUGGCCAAGACAACCACUCUAUUCGUCAGGAAAACAACAUUAACCAAGUUCCAGUAAGAAGAGGAAUAAGGAAUAACACCAAUCUUGAGAGAAAUCAAGCUAGGUUGAACACUCAAGAGGUAUUGUCUACUGAUGUUAAUGUCCAAGACGACCACUUUAUUUUUCCCGAAACAAUUAUUAACCAAGCUCCAGCCAGAAGAGACAUUAAAGUUACUAAGGGAUGUUAUGGUAGCAAUUUUGAGAUAAUUCGAGUUGAAGAAGGAACAAAAGAUUCUGAAGUCAUGACAUGUUCAAUUUGUCUCGAAGAACUAUUAGUUGGAUCGAAAGCUAUCCAACUGUCUAGUCCAUGUUUGCAUAUCUAUCAUGAAGAUUGUAUUCUUAAGUGGUUAGAUAUAUCUAACACGUGUCCUUUGUGUCGUAGAUAUAUUCAGUGA